AUGCCGUUCGGACUGACUAACGCUCUGGCAGUAUUCAUGUUAUCCAAAGACGGAAUCGUUGUGGACAAAAGUAAGGUUAAAGCAGUGCUGAACUGGAAACAGUCGACCUCAGUGUUCGAGAUCAGAAGUUUUCUAGGAUUGGCUGGGUAUUACCGAAGAUUCAUACAGGACUUCUCAACCCUAGCCAAACUAAUGACCAGGCUAACUCAGAAAGGAGUGAAGCUGGAUUGGAAUGAAGCCUGCGAGAAGUUUUUUCAGGAACUGAAAAAAAGACUAACCAGUGCACCGAUACUUAUCAUUCCCGAGCGGGGUGUAGAUUAUACGGUUUACUACGACGUGUUAAGAGAUGGCUUGGGAUGCGUGUUGAUGCAGAAUGGGAAGGUCGUAGCCUACGGAUCCCGAUAA